AUGCUCUCCAAGACUCUCGCUUUCCUCGGCCUGGCUGCCUCUGCCAGCGCCCACAUGGUCAUGACCAGCCCCGUCCCCUUCGGUAGCCCCAACAACUCUCCUCUUGAUGCCAGCGGUUCGGAUUUCCCCUGCAAGGGCCCCGUCAGCGGCGGCGACUUCUCCACCAACAGCUACGCCCAGGGCAGCACUCAGAAGCUCGCCUUCAAGGGCAGCGCCGUCCACGGCGGUGGUUCUUGCCAGGUCUCCGUCACUACCGACCUGAGCCCCACCACCGCCUCCGUCUGGAAGGUGAUCAAGUCCAUCGAGGGAGGUUGCCCUGCCCAGAACACCGAGGGCAACCUGGGCAACGAUGCCAACCUCGAGGACCCAUACACCUACAGCUUCAAGAUCCCCGAAGACCUCGCUGCUGGUCAGUACGUCUUCGCUUGGACUUGGUUCAACAAGGUCGGUAACCGAGAGAUGUACAUGAACUGCGCUCCCGUUACCGUCACUGGCUCCGGUGGUAGUGAGGGAUUCCUCAGCACCCUGCCCGACAUGUUCAAGGCCAACAUCGGCAACGGCUGCAGCACUCCUGCCAACACUGACAUUGAGUUCCCCAACCCUGGUAACGAGGUUGAGCAGCUGAACGGUGCUACCAACGCUUUCGCUGCCCCCAGCGGUAACUGCAUUGGCAGCCCUGGCUCAUCUCCUUCUCCCUCCUCCACCAAGACCACUGCUGCACCCACCACUGCCGCCCCUACUUCCACCAAGACCUCAGCUCCUUCCUCUGGUCCCUCUUCAGCCGUCUCCUCUCCUAUCGCUACCACCUCCAUCCCUGGAGGUGUGUUCCUGCCCAUCCCUGGCUCUAGCACCAAGGCUUCCGCCACUGCCACUGCCUCUGCCUCUGCUGCUCCCACCACCACUGCUACUCCCGGUGGCGGCAGCGGUAGCUUCACUGCCGGUACUGCUUGCACCAGCGAGGGUGAGUGGAACUGUGUUGGCGGCUCAUCUUACCAACGAUGUGCCAGCGGCGCCUGGACCGUUGUUCAGCCCCUUGCCAGCGGCAUGACCUGCAGUGGUGGCCAGUCUUCUGAGCUCACCGUCAAGGUUGCCAACGAGAGGGCCUUCCGCCGUGCGGUCCCCUUGGUCGCAUAG